CCCACAGUUGAAAAACCUAAUCAAAAUAAGAUUAGGCUCAACACAGAACACAGCUGUGUAGUUUGUAGUCUUAAACAAAUACAGUAUACACAAAGUCAAACCAACAUCAGACAUUAAUCAAAUGAACCAGAAUUGCAUUAGGUGUCUUCCUCCACUUCAAGCCCCUCUGUGUUUGUCUUUCUCACAGACUGCAUGAUGCCUGAGCGAGAUGACGGUGAUAGGAGGCGAAUAGUUGGAGGUUUCCUGGCCAUGGAGGACCAAUGGGGCUGGCAGGCCAGUCUACAGUGGAGAGGGCAGCAUGUGUGUGGGGGGGCCAUCAUAACACCCCGCUGGAUCAUCACAGCUGCACACUGCUUUGUAGGGUUUAACAUGAUGAUCGAGUCUGACUGGAAGGCUGUGAUUGAUACACUCAUUGCAUCAGAUGUGACACAUGGCAAACGCUAUGACACACUCCAGAUAUACCCCCACCCACAGUUCUCCAUGGACACCAAUGACUACGAUCUGGGUCUGCUUCUCACUCAGACAAAGAUGAGCAUGGAAGGAUCUGUGUCACCCCACCUGAGGCAGGCACAGGUGCAGGUCAUUGAUCAGGCCUUGUGCUCCAGCCUGUCUGUGUAUGGCUCUUACAUCACUCCCAGAAUGCUUUGUGCUGGGCUCAUGGAGGGAGGUGUAGAUGCUUGCCAGGGUGACAGUGGGGGUCCCUUGGUAUGUCAGACGGGGGGUGGAAUGUGGAGGCUUGCUGGUGUUGUAAGCUGGGGUGAGGGCUGUGGCAGACCCAGCAAACCAGGCGUGUACACCCGAGUGACUGAGCUUCUGCAGUGGCUAAGGCAACACUUAGAGGAUGAAGAUGCAGAAGUCACUGACAGUAACAAAUGA